AUGGCGACGUAUAUACUUUUGGAUCCUAAUGAUAUCGUUCAACAACAACAAACGAUGGCAACAGUUGCUUUCAAUAAUGCGACGACAGCAACUCAAAAUACUCUUCUAAAUAAUCAUGCUAAUAUUCCGAAUAAAAAUUUGUCAUCAAACGAUAUGGUGACACGUACCAAAAAGAUCUUUGUCGGAGGGUUAUCUGCAAAUACAACUGUUGAAGAUGUGAAGAAAUAUUUCGAACAAUAUGGCAAAGUCGAAGAUGCGAUGCUGAUGAUUGAUAAACAAACAGCCCGCCAUCGAGGUUUCGGUUUUGUCACUUGGGAAUCUGAAGAUGUUGUUGACAAAGUAUGUGCCAUUCAUUUUCAUGAAAUCAACAAUAAAAUGGUUGAAUGCAAGAAAGCUCAACCAAAAGAAGUUAUGUAUGCUCAACAGAUGGCGAAAGGCAAAGCAGCUCUACAACGUGGUGCCUAUGGUGACCUACUCAGUGCUUAUGUAUAUGGUCUAAAUCGAACUAUUCCAGCAACUUAUGCAGCACCGAUCUAUCCGUUUUCGCAUGGAUUACCAUCGGCACAGAUCAGUUAUAUCCCAACGACCGUUGGUCUUCAAACGCCAACGUUGACACCGGCUGGUGAACAACGUUAUUUCGAAUAUCCAUUGACACCACAACCGAUGCCAGCUGGUCAACUCGCUCGGGAUUCUUUAUUACAACGAAGCGGUAAUGGACUUGAUUUCUUUCAAGCAGAUCCACUUGCUGCUCAAUACUUACAACCAACAAGUCCAUCGCCUGGUUUACCUAUUGCUACCUCACUAUUGACAUCGCCCUAUCCCAACGGAUUUCAUGGUCAUUAA